AUCUCUAAACCAGCUGUUUUGGCGGCAACCAGUUUUGGUCUGAAGCAAAACAAUGUUUAUUUAAAUAAAACGCAAUUUAAAUAACAGCCCAAGUAUGGCGCAUGAAAGCGCUGUGCACGAGGCGCUGAAAAAGCAUUUUGGCCACUCGAAAUUCAAAUCGGAUCUACAGGAAAAAGCCGUGAAGUGCGCUGUUAAAAAAAAGCAGGAUGUGUAUGUGUCGAUGCCCACGGGCUCGGGUAAAUCCCUGUGCUUCCAAUUGCCUGGUUUGAUGUCAGAGAAUCAAAUAACCAUUGUUUUUUCUCCGCUUUUGGCUUUGAUUAAAGAUCAGAUAGAUCAUUUAACCAAACUGAAAGUGCCGGCGGAUUCUUUGAACUCCAAGAUGAGCACCAAAGAAAGGGAUCGUGUUAUAAUGGACUUAAAGGCCGUGAGAACCAACCUGAAGUUUCUCUACAUAACCCCGGAACAGGCCGCCACCAAGUUUUUUCAAGACCUGCUGCAAACCCUCCAUAAACACAAUAAGCUUGCCUACUUUGCAGUCGACGAGGCGCAUUGUGUUAGCCAAUGGGGACAUGACUUUCGACCGGACUAUCUAAAGCUGGGGGAGCUGCGUUCCAAAUAUUCCGACGUCAUCUGGUUGGCUUUGACUGCCACAGCUUCAAGGGAAGUCAAGGAGGAUAUAUAUAAGCAGUUGCGCCUCCACCAACCCGUGGCUCAAUUUAGCACUCCUAGCUUCAGGAAAAACCUCUUCUAUGACAUUGUUUACAAGAAUUCUAUCGAAGAUGACUUUCAGCACCUGGCAGAUUUCGCCAGACACUGCUUGGGCAAUCCGAAGGAGUUUAAGGAUACACCCAAGCCACAAAGAGGCUGCGGAAUCGUAUAUUGCCGGACUCGAGACCAAGUGGAGCGCAUGGCGAUAGGGGUAACUAAACAGGGAAUCGGAGCAGUAGCCUAUCACGCUGGUCUGAAAACAGGAGAACGUACUGAAGUCCAGGAAGCGUGGAUGCGGGGUGAUCAGCCCAUUAUAUGUGCAACCAAUAGUUUUGGAAUGGGUGUGGACAAACCAAGUGUGCGCUUCGUUAUCCACUGGGAUGUACCCCAAAAUGUGGCUGCUUAUUAUCAAGAAUCUGGUCGCGCUGGACGCGAUGGCUUGCAGUCAUAUUGUAGAUUAUACUACGGACGGGAAGACGUCCGGAGUAUACGUUUCCUUCUUCAAAACGAUGCCCACAGAGCCAGGGGUCGUGGUGACAAAGAGCUGCUUACGGAGAGAGCUAUCAAACAAUUUGAGAAGAUCACGGAAUUCUGCGAGCGAACAACCUGCAGGCAUAAACUCUUUUCGGAUUUCUUUGGAGAUCCAACUCCAGAUUGUAGUGGGCAAUGCGAUGUCUGCAAGCGUCCCAAGAAAGCGGAAAAAGCACUGGAGAUUUUUCAUCGAUUAUGUAUGGAUGAUGCCUUUAAGUCGCACAUUUCGCUACAGGAUUGCGCAGAUCUGUAUGAGGGUGAGUUUUAAAACUUCGUUAUCUUUUUAGCUAUUUCUGAUCUUAAAGCCAUAUUUUUAUACCCGUUACUCGUAGAGUAAAAGGCUAUACUAGAUUCGAUGAAAAGUAUGUAACAGGUAGAAGGAAGCGUUUAUGUAUGGAUAUUCUUUACCAGGAUUACUAUCCGAGUCGAUCUGGACAUCCGUUUGUCCGUCCAUAUGAACGUCAAGGUCUAAGGACCUAGCGGGAUCUCUGGAAUGAUUUUUUUUAUUUAAUUAUAUGUCAAAAAGUAUCUUAUAGUCGAUUAGGUCGAGUAUAGCGCUCUCUCUUGUUUUUAUAUCCUACUAGGCGGCCGACCAGGUAUAAAGCGUGCUGCCCAGGAGUACGCAGGCGGUGAAUCUGGCUCAGAUGACGAUUCUGGUCAGAGUCACUCAUCAAUGGCCAAGAGAGCCAAAAAGGAAUCACAGGAUUUCAUUAAGCAGCAGUUUAAUCUUCGAAAGCAAAUUAGUGCAGCUAGGCAGUUGGAACAGGAAACAAUUGCUCAAAUAUCUCGCGUUCGAAUGGCAGAAGCCACUGAAAAGAAAAUCGCAGGUCUUCAGGCCACUCAUCGGGAAAAAUAUUUGACAGCUUUAAUCGACGCACUCAAAGCCAAUGUAGACAAGUGCAAAGAUGAACCAGGGCAGCAGCCAAAAAGUGUAUUAAAAUACAAUGACUAUGAGGCAAUGUCAGUAAAUAUGGAAUAUGACGUGUUUCGCCAGAAUAAGGUGGCCAAUAUGUACCGCCAUGCCUUAGUUAAAGAGAUAUCCACAAUCAAGAAACUCACAGAACAGACUAAAUUAUUGCCUCUUUUGGUGGACUAUAUUCCGAAGCCUGAAACAAGUUCUAAAGGUGCUUGGACAGGUGGAAGCGUGGCGUACUUUGAGCGGAAACUCAAAGAACUAGAAGAACAAAGGCCACAAAGCCUUAAGGAAGUUCCAAAAGCCCUAAAAGACAGAAAAGGUUUUAAACAGGAAAAUAGCAAGCAGACUUCAAUUUCCUCUUUUUUUAAAAAAGAAAUUAAAGAAGAACCAAUAGACUCGCCAAUUCAGGAAGAACGUGUAAAUAUUAAAAGUGAACAGAUGGAUUUAGAAGAAAGCACACCUAAAGAUAUUGCUUCCAAUCAUGUUAAGGAGGAAUCCGUGACCCCAGAAAGUUCUUCUUCUGAUCGUGAGCUUGAACUCCAGCCCGACAGCAUAAUUGGAGAAAGGAAAUUUAAAUUGAUGUCAAAUGGUGAUGGAAGCUAUGACACUCACCGCAGGAAAAGAGUUUCGCAUGAAACUCAACCCAAAGAGAAGGAGUCAAUUAAAACAAAGUCCAGUAUGCAGCAUCUUUUUGGUUCUUUUAAAAGCGAGUCAGAGGAGUCUAACCAAUCUUUGAAUGGUUUUAAAACUGCUCGACAAAUGCUCGAAGAAAAUAAUUCAAAACUCGAGGGCGUACCUGAAAAAUUACCUAUUAAGGAUGGUGAAAAGAGAGUUUUAGAAAACAGGGCCGAUUCUAUUGGAUUUACUUCAGCCAGAGAAAUGUUAGAGAGGAGCAAACAAAGGGAAGGGGACGAUAAGUCAAGCAACAAACUCGAAAAACUGGGAUUUAUUUCAGCCCGGGAAAUGCUGGAGAAAAACAAACUUAACGAAAGAUGUUUGGACAAAAAAGACGUUAAGGAAAAGAAAUUAGAAAGUAGGGAAACCAAAAGAUCGCUACAAAACAACGAAUUACAACAUAAGCAAGAGGAAGACCGUAAAGACAAAGCAUCCCACAGGAAAACGUCAAAGGAAUCGUUAUCGAACUUGAAGAAGGAAGGAUCCGACUCCAGAGUUUUGCAAAAGGAUACAAAACCAGAAACCAGAAACCAUCAAAAAACAGAUGUCAGCAAAAAUGUGGUGCAGUGGCUCAAUCCGUAUUAUAAACGAAAAAUAGCCACCAAAGAGCUUUUCAAAGCUUUGGCAAAAUUGCUCACUCAGCGCAUUUGUGAUGGAAGCUUAGGAGAUGGCGAUGCUGGAAAGUGCUAUAUAAAGGAAACUUUUCAUGGCCUGCAGAUGAUAAACAACGAUCAGGACAUUGAAAAAUAUUUCAUAAAAUCCAAGUGACUAAAAAUCUCCUAAUGAUUUUAUCACGACAUAUUGUUUCGCCUCGUUAAAAGUUGCAUCAUCUUUUUUUUUCGUUAGUUACUAUUUUUGUAUAUAAUAAGCGCAUUAAUUAUCAAUAAUACAUUUAAAUAAGACGUUUUU